AUGAACAACGUCUGGCGUCGCUUCCGUCGCUUUUUAGGCGAUGGAGGCGACGAAAUGGUUGUAGAGCCGGACUACGAAGCCAACCGUCCGGCUUCACAAUCCUCUGGCAACACAUUAGAACCGCCAAAAAUCAGAGUAUCGCGAUCACGGUCGCUUAAAUCGCCAAAACGUCGUCCACGACCCGUACAUCGAUCGGCUACAGAUACCCAAAAGCAUGAUGAUGGACAUUAUGAGUCGAAUUCGGAAGAGGAAAGCUCUACAGCAAGAUUGUCGAGAAGGUCUUCGGUUUUGGUCGAUUUGAUGACUUUAUUUCGAAGAUCUUCAAGUGUGGCGCAGAAGAAACGGAACAAGUUCGAAGAAGAGUAGGUCAAACACAAAAUUUCAAUAACUUUUUGAGAGUAUCAGAGAAGAAGUAAAAAAGCACGUUUAGUUCUGAACGGUUAAUUUUGAUUAUGGAAGGAGUGGAGUGCGAAUUUUUUUUCAGUACUUGUGGAUUUUUGACAUUAAAAAAAAUUAAACCCUCCACCGCCUGACCAAAAAACCCCUCCUCCACAUCAAAAAAACCUGAUAGCCAACACAAUUCCAAACCAAUAAUCAAUUUGUCAAAAAUCAUCUCUCUAUGAUAAAAAAUAGUAAUACUAAUUAAAAUUCGCAUAGACCUACGUGCCUCCAUAAAACAUAUUGGACUAUUAAUUUCAAUUUUUUGUUGCCUUAGCUGCCAGUCAGAUCCCUUUUUAUGAGCACCGAAUAAUUUCGUGCCAAAAGACUUUUGUGCCAAAAAACGCUAUGGUUGCGGCUUUCCGCAGCGCCAGGUGUUUUAUCAGUCGGGCUGUUGAAAAAUGGCCGACAAAUGACAUUCCAUGUUAUUUCUUGAACAAAUUACAUUCCUUUGUUUAAAGACCAUGUUAAAUUUGAUGGUCUUAUUAGUUGGCCAAAAUUUUUAAAAAUCGAUCCAAAAUGUUAAAAGGAAUUCGAAAAAAGACUGUGAACAUUAAGAAGUUAGAAAAUUUAUAAUGAUUAUAGCCAAAAAUUGUGCCAAAAAUCACAAACUAUAAUUACCAAAGUUUAAAAUGACAAAAAGCUAACGUAAAACAUUGCAGCGACUCAGAUAUCAGCGAUGAGGACGACGAAAUUCAUGAAAAACCGUCGAAAGAGCGAAUUAUGCAAAUGAUAAGGCAAAAGAAGGAGGUCAUAGAGAAGCUCAGAUGUCAGCCAUGGAAUAUGAAAAGAAAAAGAAGGACAUUAAAGUAAGAAUUGUUGCCAAUAUGACAUAUUUUAUCUAAAAAUAUAUUUUUAAGUUUUUUGUUUCAGAACCUUAUUGAAAGUUGUUACCUAAAAAUUUUUUUAAAACCUAAAUUUUUAAAAAAAGUUUUUUCAAAUUUAAAAAUACCAAAUUAUUCAACUCAAACAUGCGUAAAACUUAUUUCAGAGUAACAAAAAGAUAUAUUUCGAAAAAAGAAGCAGAAGUCGACAAAUGGCAUCUGUACCGUGUGGAAGCAACAAAACGAUUCACACAAUUUAUAAGAUGGUUCGACAAUGUCAAAAUGUAUUUCAUUCCAUGGGAAUCGAAAAUACGACGAAUCGAAAGUACGUUGUUACCUAAACUUCAUACAAAAGUUCUUCCUUCCAAUGGAGAGGUUAAAAAAUUAAAAAUAGCAAAAACAAUAUUUUAAGUAACAAAUCUGAAGCAACAUUUUUCAAACCACUAUUUCAAAAAAUAUUUCCUUCAGAAUCAAUAGGAGGCAAAAAAACUGUAUGCCGUUGUAAAACAGAAGUUUGUUACCUAAAAAAAUUUUUUUUUGUUAGAAAUAUUCCGAAAAUGCCAACAAAACCUAUAAUCUGGCUACAGUUCAACGCAUCAACCAAAACUUCCAAAAAUCCUUUCCGAGCUCAAGCCAAACACUCACAAAAUCCAAUCCGAGGCAGGCAACACAAAAAAUUUUCCAAAAAGAUUGGGAUUUAUCAACCGCAAUCUGCUAACAUUGAUCUGCAGACCGCGGUUCAAAACCCGCCAAAAAGCCCUUUUUAAAUUUUCACUAACCGAGCAAAACAAAAAUCCUAAAAUCCUUUUCAAGCCCGAGCCAUAACUUCGCAAAAUCCAAUUCGAAGUCCGGAAAACAAAAAUUCCCCCAAUAUUAUUAACUGCAACCUGCCAACCAAGUCCGCAGGUUGCACAACUCAGAAACCCGCGCAAAAGUCGCUUUUGACUUUUCCAUUGCACCGUGCAAGCCUUUUUUGAUGGCCGAAAAUUCCCCUUUCGAAGAUCGAAGGGUUUUUGACAAAUUUGGAGAUCUCAAAAACCCGAAAAUCGAGCCAUUUUUGUUUUUCUCUAGCCUUCUCUGGCCACUCUCUCUGAUCAUAAAGCUCUUUCUUUGUCGCAUGUCCAUUCUCUCUUGUUUGUCGCAGUUGCGCAAGGUCUUUUCUUGAUCCUUCCUUUUCUCUAACCGCUCUCCGCAAAUCGCCCUCUCUCGUUUUCCCUGUCCAUUGCACGGUGCAAAGGUUUUUUUGACUCUCAAAAAUCGCCAAUUUUGGGUCUUUUGAUUUUCCCCAAAAUCGUCAAAAUUCUUCGAAAGGAUUUUGAGGCCAAAUUCGGCGAGAUCAAUCGGGGAAAGAGAGGGUGCACAAACAAGAGAGACAGGCUGGAGAAGAGGAGGGACCGCAAAAAUACAUUGCGCAACUGUGAAAAAAGAGAGACGCAGACUUGCGACAAAGAGAGAGCGUUGCGACAACAGAGAGUGGAUAUGCGACGAAAAGAGAUUGUUGCGAUGGAGAGAGCGGUCAGAGAAGGUUAGAGAAAGACAAAAAUGGCCCGAUUUUGGGAUUUUUGAGAUCUCCAAAUUUGUCGAAAAUCCUUCGAUCUUCAAAAGGGGAAUUUCGGCAAUUGAAAAAGGCUUCGCACGGUGCAAUCAAGAAAGGAGAGACAUGCGAUUGAAGGAUAGCGGUUAGAGAAAAAGAGUGAUCGCGAAAAGAUGUUGCGCAAUUGUAAAAUCCAAGAGAGAUUGGGCGUGCGACAAAGAUAGAGCGUUGCAACAACGGAGAGUGGGUUGAGAAAGUUAGAGAAAACCGAAAAUGGCUCGAUUUUGGGGUUUUUUGGGAUCGCCAAAUUUGUCGAAAACCCUUCGAUCUUCGAAAGGGGAAUUUUCGGCCAUCAAAAAAGGCUUGCACGGUGCAAUGGAAUAGUCAAAAGACACUUUUGCGCGGGUUUCUGAGCAGCGCAACCUGCGGACCCGGUUGGCAGGUUGCAGUUAAUAAUAUUGGGGGAAUUUUUGUUUUUCGGACUUAGAAUUGGAUUUUGCGAAGUUAUGGCUCGAAAUUGAAGAGGAUUUUGGGAUUUUUGUUUUGCUUGGUAAAUUGAUAAUUUGAAAGGUAUUUUUUGGCAGGGUUUGAACUGCGGCCUGCAGAUCAAGUUGAGCAGGUUGCGGUUGAUAAAUUCAAUUUUUUUUGAGAAAAUUUUCUGUCUUUCGGGAUUUAACAGUAAUUUGGCGAAAUUUCGGCUUGAUCUUGAAAUGGUUUUUAGGAUUUUUUUGUAUUCUUCAAAAAAUAAUUAUAGAUUUUUCGAUUUGUUACCUAAAAAUAAAAAAUAGAGUUCCAUAAAAGUAAUAUUUUAAUUGGGCUUAACAUUUAAAAAUAUUAUUUUAGGUCAUUUUGGCACAGUCGUAUCUUCAUUCUUUGUAUUUUUGCGAUGGCUCGUGUACGUAAAUUUAAUAUUGAUAUCCAUCAUCUGUUUCUUCGUGGUAAUUCCAGAGGUAAGGCUUGUUUUUGGUAUUUUAGGUACAAAUCUUCUUAAAAAACUUUAUUAUCAAAGUAUAGUAAUAUUAAUUAAAACAAUUUUUUAUUUUUAAAUUUUAUUUAUAUUGUUUUAGUGGCUAGAAGACUCCAGAGGUCUGCCAAGCCGUAUACGACGGACAAAACACAUAAAAGAGAUGCCAGUUGCAAUACGAAGUCAUGCAGAUGAAUGGAAAACGAUACUCGACUUUGGCGUAUGUUAUUAAUUUAAACUUUUUCUACACACGUUUAAGCGGAUAUUAUUUAUGAUUUUGGUUUUUAAGGUCUCAAUUGAAGAAAAAAACUAAUUUAUCUUACAAAACUGAGUUUGUUUGCCCAAUGCUGAUAUAAUUUACGUUUCAGGGCUAUCUACAAUAUUCCUACAUAUUUUACGGAUAUUAUAGUAGUGAUACGCUGGUAGCUAGAGGUCCAUUCCAAUAUCGAGUGCCGCUGGCGUAUUUUAUAGUGAAUUUGUUUGUUCUUGGACUUAGUUUGUUUUUGAUAUUGAGAAAGUAAGUUAUUUUUUCUUAUUUGGCUAGUAUUUUAGGCUUUUUUUGGGACUUUUUAACCUAUGAAGGCACUGUGGUCGAUGUUAAUAUCAAGUAUUUUGUGUACUAUUAUUUUACUUGUUUUAGGAUGGCCUCAAAUGCCAGAGCAAGUAAAUUGCAAGGAGGAAAAGUGAAUCAAUAUCCAUUCACUUGGAAAGUUGUCAAUGGAUGGGAUUGUUCGAUUGGUAAUCCAGAAACUGCAAUAUCAUUGUACAAGGCUAAUGUCACAAAGCUAAAAGAGGCGAUGGAAGAGGUGAAUCAGAAGUUACAAAAGAAAAUGAAGUAGGUUUUUAGUGUUUGCAAAGUGUAUGGAUUUAAUUUGUAUUGGUAUAAAAAUCUUUAUUUUUGUGCAACGGCCCAAAUCACGGCCAGAAUGAAAAUGCAAAAUAUAUUUUAAUAUCGUUUAUAUUGAUGUAUUUUCAGCUUCACAAGACUAAUUGUGCUGAUUUCAUCAAAUCUUGGAAUUUGUGCAUUGUGCGCUUUGGCCGGGUUUUGUAUUUGGAAGGCUAGUCAGAUUACCGAUAAGAAUACAAUCAUUAAGCAGGUAUGGAUUGUAAAAUGAAAGAAUAUUUACUUUUUUGAUGUUUUUGGAUAAUGGAAAUAAAAAAGGGUUGUCAGAUGUAAAGAAAGGUACUAUAAGGUGUACAAAAUGAUGACAAAUAGGUAAUAAAACGCUCGUUUUCAGAACGCUGUGUCGAUUAUAGUGUCAUUGGCCACAUUGGUUCUGCCGAAUGUCUUUGAACUUAUUGGGCAUGUUGAGCAUUUCCAUCCUCGAAAAGCUCUACGAUUACAUUUGGCGCGGUAAGGUAUACUGGAAUUUUGGGAUUAGUCAUUGGAAUUUGAAAAAUUUGUUGGAGAGAAUUGUUCUAAUUUCUCUUAUCACUGUAUAGUCCUGAGGACAAUGAGUUGAAAAUGAAAAAAAAUUUUGUUUUUAGGGUAUUCUUCCUGUACAUCAUAGCCUACUACUCUCUUUUCGCCUCAUUAUUCUACAAACUUAACUCAUUACAAGCUCAAUCACGCUUCAUCGACGAGCCAGCUGUCCAGACUUCGAAGCCCUUUAGUAUUGUCUACAAUCUAAAUUCAGAUCGAUCUCAUUAUGAUGUUGUUAGUCCUGAAUCUAGCCGAUUCGUGCGUGAAACGAAACGGAAGAAAUGGAGGAAAAAGGAGGAUUAUGAGGACGAACGAUUUCUUCUGCCGGAUAUUUUUGGUGCUGAUGGCGCUAAAAUUAGAUAUGGUAGUAGAAAUAGCAGAUAUAGGAAAAAUUAUGGUCUGGAUAGGAGCUCUAGGGCGUCUAAUGGUUAUAAUCGGCGUCAGGCGGGUUCUAAUGGGACUAAUGGGCGUCAAACUGGCUCCAAUGGAUACACUGAAGUAUCUACAUCAACAAACAGUUAUCCUAGCUCGUCAACAGCAUCAAACACUCGGACUAUAUCAACCACAAGUUCAAAUACAGUUUUCAGUUCAUCUAACUCAACGUUAACAACCCCGAGCCCAAUAACAGCGUCAGCUCCUUGGACUACAGUAUUCUCAAACUACGGUCCGUUUGGUGUUGGACUGUACAACCCUAAAGCUAUUGUAAUAAGCGAUUCGAAGCAACAAAAACUGCAUAAAACAAUAUACGAAAGUCGGCCGAUUGGCCAAUCAGAAGACUGGAAGCGUGGAGAGCAACAAUCCUUACAUUAUACUAACUCUCCAAAGUAUAAGGGGGGUUGGAGGUACAGUAAAUAUAAGGGGGAUAUAUGUUGGGAAACGAUCAUGGGUCAGGAAAUUACAAAGUUGGUGAUAACUGAUCUGAUUAUGACAAUUAUUAUCAUCAUGGUCAUUGAUUUUCUGAGAGGUUUGUGGGUACGACAUUGCAACUCGUUUUGGUGCUGGAAUCUGGAGGAGCAGUUUGUAAGUUAUUUUUUAUUAGAAAUGAUUAUUUCAGAAAACAAAUAUGAUUUCAAAAAAUUCUUUGAUUAAAACUGAAGUUUUUAGCCAGAAUACGGUGAAUUCAAGAUCUCAGAAAACGUGCUUCAUCUAAUCAAAGAUCAGACAUUAGUAUGGCUUGGUACUAUCUUUGUCCCGUUAUUGCCAUUGAUCAAUAUUAUCAAGUUGAUCAUCAUCAUGUAUAUACGUGGCUGGGCUGUAAUGACUUGUAAUGUACCGGCGAAACAAAUCUUCAGGGCUUCAAGAUCAAAUAAUUUCUUUUUGAUAUUGUUAUUGGUCAUGUUCUUGGUAUCAACCAUACCUGUUGGAUAUGUAAUUGCGUCUAUUAGACCUUCUAGAAGUUGUGGGCCUUUUGCGUGAGUUUUGUAUGGAAUAUUGAUGUUGUUUUAGGUUAAAGUUGGUAUGAAAUCGGGAGAAAAGAUUGUUUUAGGCAUGAAAGUUAUAAAAAUUAGAGUUUUUGAUAAAAUAAAGUUGGAUAUAAAAAGAAGCUUGAUGGCAAUGAUAAUAUAAAGAUCUUUUAGAGGGCUAGAACACUUUUACGAUGUAAUUGGAGACGCAUUGAGGAGCAAUUUGAACAAGAAUCUUGUUGAUGGAAUUGAAAGCAUGAUGUCUCCCGGCAUUAUUGUACCUGUUCUACUUUUUUUGUUGUAAGUUGAUGUAUUGAAAGACUAAAAAUACGUUGUAAAGUAUGAAAAUAUAUGCAGUGUUUAAAAACUUGUUUUUUACUGGUAUUUUUCUUUACAGACUAGUAAUUUACUUUAUGGUAUCACUGAACCGAGGUCUAAAAGAAGCCAAUCACGAAUUAUCAGAGCAGUUAACUCAAGAAAGAACCGAGGAGAAAAAGAAGAUUUAUGCUUUGGCCGCAGGAAAACGAAGAAAAGAUCCGAAUGGACUUCAGCGACAAAGCAGCGAAAAGUCGUCGGCUUCGCCAACUCGAGAACGAAUCAGUUUGAGAAGCAAUGGUGAUGGCACUGUAUGUUUGUUUUGUGAAAAUGUAUAUAAAUUCUAAUAUUAUAGUUUGAUGAUCCAAAAGAAAAGCAUUCGUUAUCAAAAUCACCGGUCAGGACACCGUUUCUUCCAUCCUUGCAGUAAGUUCAAAAAAAAAUUUUUUAGGACCUAAAAUUGUUCGAAAUUGAGGAUUUUGAAUUUUUAAUUAACUAACAUUACUUCCAGAAGUGUUCACGAAGACGAAGGAGCAGAAGACGAAGAAGAACCAACUCAAACCAAGAAGCUUCUUCAAAAAGACUCCACUCAAAGCUCCAGUGAACCAUUCGACAAUGGGCCGCCCGACGAUUUGCCCGAAAUCAAGUUCACAUGGAAAGAGAAGCUCCUUAUCUGGAUGGGAGUUUCCGACAAGAACAAAAUCGAAGCCAAACAUCGCAUGAAACAACUAGCUAUGGCAUACAAACAAGAACAAGAGGAAUAUCAGUCGGAGGAGCGGGAUUCUGGUCAUGAUUCGGAUAAAACCAAGUCGGAGAAGCAGAAUGAAACCCUGGAAGAGGCGGAAUACUCCCAGUCGUCGAACGAAGAGUAUUCUGAAGAGCCGUCGACCCAGGAACAGAAUCAGAAUGGAAGGUGGCCAACACCGGGCCGAAGUCGGAAAUCACCGUGGCCGCAGACUACUAACAAGGACAGUGAGGAGGAGCCAGGGGAUGUCACGGUGAUUAACAAGUAAGAUGACUAGACUUUUGCAGAUUUUUUGGUAAAAAUUAUGUUUUAGGUAACACAAAAUUAAAUAACUUACUUAUAAAAAAAAAUUCAUCAAAAAUUGAAAGAAUUUGACCACAAAAACAGGAUCAAAAGUAAAAAUAUCAUUUUGAAGUUAUUUUUGAGUAACAAUACAACAGCUGACUUAUGUAUCUAAUUUCAGUGAACGUGACACAUUUAUGUUUGUUCCUUCAAGACAAAACUCAAUGACACCAAAGCAAAGAGCUCCAUCUAGGUAUCUUUCUACUUUAUUUUUUCUAAAAUUUGUGUUUUUAAUCUAUAUAUUGGGCUGAAAAGAUGAAAAUAGUAUUGGAGAUAAGCUAAUAAUUGAAAAAUUGAUAUUAUUACCUAAAAUUCUAAAUAAUAUUGAUUUAAAUGGUUAAACAUAAAUUUUCGUGUUAAAAUUUGUAUUUUUGUUCGAAAAUUGAAGUGUUUGAAGCUAAAAUUUAAUAUUAAAUAAGAGUUAUGAUAUAAUAAAUGUCGUGGUUAUUAUGUUGUUGUAGUCAAAAGAGCACACCAUGGCUAGCGACACCAGAGUCCGCGAAACGAAGCCAUUCCAUGAACGACCAGAGGUUAUUGUCGCCGUAAGUUGAUUUUGAAUAUUUUUCGGUCUUAAAUUUUUUUUAGUAUUGAUUGUUCAGCAUUUUUUUAUUAGACUAUACUACAACACAAUAUUUUUAAUUUUAGUCCGUUUGAACGAGAUCUAGCGUCAGAAGCCUCACCUUUGCUAGAUCGUCGAAAUGAGAAUUUGAAAGAAGCUGAAAAUCAUAGAUUGACGCCUUUCAAACGCUCCCCACCAUCGAUGUUACCUCGAAAGUCCAACACGAGUAAUUUUGAGUUUACUGUGGACAAAACGCCGGCUAUGUAUCAUGGUCAACAAGUUGAGGAUGAGGCAUGGGAAAGCGAGCAAAAGUGAGUUUUAUGCGACCUUUUUUGAUGAAAUUUGAUUUUUAGGUUUAUUUUAAGGUUUAUGAAGACAUAGUGACAGGUGAAAUGAUUUUUUAAUUAGAAAGGGUUGUUAAAGUUUUUUGAAAAGUAUUUUUUCACUUACAGUAAUCGCAUGGUGAACAGCAGCGAUGACCCGACCCGACCACCAUCUGAAGAAGGAUCCUUCCGUGAUCCCACGCCUUCAGUUAACUCGACCAGUGAUCUACCUGAAGACCUGUUGGCUUAUGCCAACCCAUACAGUAGCUACGCCGCCGCAAUGGCUUCACCGGUUAUGGCUGAGGGUCUACUGCCCGAACCUGAGGCAUUCCAACAGGCUUAUCCACCUCAGAAACAAGGUGCAGUAUAUCAACUCCCGGCUCAGAGCCAAGCUCCAAUAUACCCACCUACUGCAUAUAAUGCUCACAUUCCAGUGAUCUCGUACCCACCAGAUAAUAGACAAUAUUCACUAUCAGAUGGACAACAGUAUACUCCAAGUGAUGUACGAUCAUAUCCACAAGAUGUUAGAGUCUAUCCUCCAGAUACUCGACAAUACCCCCAAGAUACUCUAAGCUACCCUGUCCAACCGGAUCCGCGCCAAUUUUCAACGUUGCAGCCAGAGUAUCCUAGAUUCACUCCGAGUCGAAUAGUACCACCACAAGGUGUUUCAGCAUACCCUGGCUACAUGGCAUAUCCCGGCUAUGGUACACCGUCUUCGUAUCACUCAGGAACACCGGUGUCACUGCCACGGUCGGGACGACAAGGCAGUGUUCAAUCACAACCACCAUUUACUCCAUCGCCUAUGAUGGAGUAUUACUAUCCUUUGUGAGUUAUUGGGUUUAUACCUAAAAUAGGUUAUAAGCCUAAAAUUAAUAUAUAAGGCUUAAAGAAAUUUUUAAGCUUAAAAUAAAUUUAUAAAUAAAAUUAUGUUUAGUAUCAAACAUAAGCCUAAAUAUAAUUUUAAAAUUCAGGUACAGCCAAACCUUUUCUCCGAACAGGACCCCCAAUAUCAACCCAACACAUCAACAAAGCUUUGUCACUCCGGAUCUCAGCUCGUCCUUCCACAAGCCAGGAAACAGUUCACCUUCUGGGGGGUACCAAAGCGCUAGUCCUGUUGUGGUAGGUUUUGACUUUUUACGUUGGUAUUACGACAGGUUACCUUUCUCUGAAGGUCACAAUUUGACUGUUAUAAAAAUUUUUUUUAGGAAAAUCGUAAGCCCAGGUUCAGAAUCUCAUCCUCACCACCUCAUCGACAAAACGCAGUAAGUUUUUGUUAUCAAAAGGGUAGUUAUACUUUAAAAAAUUAAAAAUUUUAAUGCUUUGCCGCUAAACAAUUGAAAAAAAAACUGAAUAACUUAUUUUAGGCCUAUUUAUCCGAGCCAGACUCCGGUCGAGGCAGUGGCUCAGGCGGCGAAACCGCCGUCCGCCGCUACGAAAUCCGCCAACGCUCGUUGCGCGGCCAGGGCACCUCGACCACUACCGACGACUCGACCUCACCCGAACGCAGUCCAACACGACAAAGUACGACGAAUGCGACACAUCAAACCACAGUGUGA